UGGAGCUGGACCCCGUCCAUCUGCCCCCCGCAGAGCCCGGGAGCGCCGGGGCAGCCCCGGGAGCGCCGGGGAAGGAGCAGCCCCCGCACCGCAGCCCCGCAGCGCCCCGCCCGCGGCUCCUCCCCGCCAUGUGCCGGCCGGGAUGUGUGUCAGUGGGGCAGCCGGGCCGCGUCACAUGCCGCCCGCACACGAGCCCGGCGCAGCCGCCCCGCGCCCCGCCGCGCCCCGCGCCCCGCGCACGUCCGCCUGCAGCGCCCGCCGCGGCAUGGACAGCGGCUCCGGUGGCGUGAUCCUGUUCGCGGGCUCCGGCCCCCGCAGCCCACCUGGGGGCCCAGCUGUGCUGCCUGCAGCGCUGGAGGAGCUGUCGCUGGCCGAGCUCGGGCCACCACCACCGGGCAUCUCCCCUGCCUCGCCCGGCCUCACCUUCCCCUUCGCCGACGGCGGCCGCUGCCCCGGCCCAGGCCAGAGCCAGAGCCAGAGCCAGAGCCAGAGCCAGAGCCGGGUGGGCAAGCAGGGCGGAGCCCCUGGCACCUUCCCCAAGGCGGGCGGGAUGGUGCUGCUCUGCAAGGUCUGCGGGGACAUCGCCUCCGGCUUCCACUACGGCGUCCAUGCUUGCGAGGGCUGCAAGGGCUUCUUCCGGCGUAGCAUCCAACAGAACAUCCACUACAAGAUGUGCGUGAAGAACGAGAGCUGCCUCAUUGUGCGCAUGAACCGCAACCGCUGCCAGCACUGCCGCUUCAAGAAGUGCCUGGCCGUCGGCAUGUCCCGCGACGCCGUGCGCUUUGGGCGCAUCCCCAAGCGGGAGAAGCAGCGCCUGCUGGAUGAGAUGCAGAGCUACAUGAGCAGCCUGGGUGAGGCGCCCCUGGACGCGGGGCUGGCGCCCGAGGGCGAGGCGCCACCCAGCCCCGUGGCCCAGGAGGAGGAGGCCAUCGGCGCCAUCUCCCGCGCCUACCACGACAUCUUCGGCAGCGGGCAGGACCGGGCAGGCGGGCCUGGCCCCCCACCUGGCUACGCCGACCUCUCGCCCGGCUACGGCUACGGGCAGCACGACCCUGCCAGCCUGCGUCUCCCUGGGUACGACCCCGCCAGCUACCCCGACAACACCUCCCAGCGCUAUGGCCACGACCUCUACGGUGCCCAGCAGCCCGGCUACCUGCCCAGCCCCGGGAGCUACCCCGCCUUCGAGUACGGCUACGCUGAGGGCAGCCCCCCGCGUACCUGCCCAUGGCGGGGGGCAGCCAGCAGAGGCAUCGCCUGCCCACUCAAUGCCAGCCCCUGCUGCAGCCCGGGCACCAGCCGGCAGCAGGCGUGGGAGGAGUUCUCACGCUGCUUCACGCCCGCUGUCAAGGAGGUGGUGGAGUUCGCCAAGAGCAUCCCCGGCUUCCAGGGUCUCUGUCAGCAGGAUCAGGUCAUGCUGCUCAAGGCCGGCACCUUCCAGGUGCUGAUGGUGCGCUUUGCGGCGCUCUUCGACCCCAAGGAGAAGGCGGUGACGUUCCUGAGUGGGGAGACGCACGCAUUGGGCGGGCUUCGGGCCAUGGGGAUGGGUGCCCUGCUCGAUGCCAUGUUUGACUUCAGCGAGAAGCUGGGCACCCUGGGGCUCGACGCCCAGGAGAUGGCACUCUUCAUGGCCGUCGUGCUCGUCUCCGCAGACCGCUCGGGCAUCUCAGACGUGGAGGCUGUGGAGAUCCUGCAGGAGACCCUGAUCCGGGCGCUGCGGACGCUGGUCACCAAGAAGCACCCCGACGACUCCACCCUCUUCCCCAAGCUGCUGCUGCGCCUGCCUGACCUGCGGACCCUCAACAACCAGCACUCGGAGAAGCUCCUCGCCUUCCGCAUCGACCCCUGAGCCAGAGCUGGAGCCAACGUCGCUCGCGGACUGGGCGGAGGGAAGGGGGUGGCCGGUGCUGCUGGGCAAGCCCCGUGGAGCCAGGCUCUGCUUGCCUCAAGCCCCAGCCGGGCCCCACCGCCCGGCAUGGUGGCCUGGACUGAUCCCCGCCGUGGCACACUGUGCACGGCACUGUACAUAUGCCCUACUUUCCUCUGGCAGCACGUGCAAACGUGCAUGUGCAAGCCUCUCUAUUGCCCCGAGGCUCGCGCCUGUAUAUAUCCAGCCUGCCUGCGUUGUACAUGCCAAGUAGGUCCCAGGGGACAGAUGCCCCCCAGCUGCAUGCUGUGUUCCCCCAUGUCUCCCCUCCCCGCCCCUUCCCAGCCCAGGCUCGCUCCUGCAGGGGUCCUGGGGGCUGCAUUUGCUUCCAGCUGUGGGGAAGAGCCAUGCCAAGAGGCUGUCCCACAGCUCCUUCACUCCCAUCUCCCUGUUCCCCCCCACCUGCUGUGUUUGGUCUUGGAUUUUUUAACAUCUCAAGCAAAAACAGGGCUUCCACUGAUGCCCGGCACAGCUGAGCCCGCGUCUCUGUGGCUCGCAGGGGGCUCAGCAGCCUGUGGGGAGGGGUCCUGGUUCUCCGAGGGGGGGCAGCUUGCUGGCUGACCUCCCUGGGGCCCUCCCUUUGCCCACGCAGGUCCCACCUUGGGCCACGGGGCUUUCUGAAGAUGGACUCUUCCCUGCUGAAGAAGCUGUGUGGCCCACAUUGAACACAGGAGAUUUGCCUCCAACUCUUCCCGGUCUCCCUGACCUCCUGUUCCUCUAACCACUAGACUCGAUUCCCCUUCCGGGCGGGGGGCAGUCACUGGGCUGGGGUCCAAGCACAGGGCAAUGCCUGCCCCCCAUCACAUCCCCAUACAUAUCAGGUCGGUGCGGGGAUAGGGGGGGGACAGAUACGCCCAGCCCACCCCAUGCAUGGCGCGAGUGGGGGGUGCUCUCUGCAGGAGCGUGGAACUGCUGCUGCUGCUUUGUUCGGUCGUCGGAAGAAAAAAGCCCCCAAACUUUGCACUUUUAUGAGGAAUGAUGCACAGCGAAUCCUCCCCCGCCCCCUCGGAGUCGGGCCGGGGGCGGCCGGACGCCGUGGACAGAGAGCGUUUAUUUUUUCUCGAAUAUCAAAGUGCAAUAAACUGAAGGAAAACAGA